CGUCCCGACGCGUACGCUAUCGACAAGUUUCUGAUAACUCUCGUGUUUGUGUUGGGUGGAAAAACCACGGGAAAGCAACACAUAUCGCGAUCCCUAUUUCAUCUUCAACAAUUAAAUCGGAAAUGAGAAUCGGCUCAUCGAUCUCUGACAUUUCCAAAAGGAGGAUUUAAACGGAGAUCCUUGAUUACUUCUGAUCUGUUGAAUUAAUUCAACUUCUUCGGCUCUGUAAGCACGGCGGAUUAUUUUCUUUAAAUUAUGUCAUUUUCAUAACGAGGAAUCGGAUAUGCGGAAUAUUUUAGAGAGAGUGUUUUAUAUAAUUUUAUAAAAAAAAUUAAUCACGACGACUUGAAAGAAUUCUAAAUUAUCGUGUCAAGUAGAUCGUAAAUCUAAUCCGAUUUACGAUCUCCCCCAAACGUACGCAGUUCAAGGUGAACUACACUUCGAAGCCGUAUAAACAGGGAAAGUAAACCGGUCUCGAUGCUAGUAAUGCCACUGUCAAGAAUAUUUCUGCACGUAGUAUACUUGGAGCCGCGAGCUCGAUCGAAAGUAUCCUAACGUUUUCCAACGAACGAUCGUGCAUUCGUCCAUAUGCCACGGCCUCGUGACGCGAACGAUUGUUUGCGCGAUACGUGAUGGUGCGUUUCUCGAGUUUCGUUAUCCUGACCCUUGGAUUCUUGCAUUGCACGAAGGCGGGAGGGCUGGAGGUAGCUUUUCAAUGGAAAUAUUUGGACUGGUUGUGGCCAACUGUCCAUUUGACGGGAAAAAACCAAACGUUGGGUAACGCCUUCACUCAGGAUGUGGAUAUCGAUAAAUAUGGUCGUGUGUUCGUAACCAGCCCUCAAUGGUUGGAAGGUGUUCCGAUUAGCCUGUCGUUGGUGACGAAAGUUUCUGGUAUCGGUGGUCCAUUGCUGGUCCCGUAUCCCGAUUGGACCUGGCACACGUCCUACAAUUGUGAUGGCAUAAUAUCUGUGUAUAGGCUGGCGAUAGACGAAUGCAACCGUUUAUGGGUUGUGGAUACUGGUCGUGUCCAAGGGAAUGCCGUUUGUUCCACGAAAAUAUUGAUCUUCGAUCUUGCCACCGAUCAUUUGCUCCAUAAAUACGUGGUUCCGGAUGAUCAAGUGUUGUUCGGGAAGGCGGCAUUGGUUACGCCAAUCGUCGACGUCGGAAAAACGUGUCUCGAUACUUAUCUAUACGUGGCGGAUGUGGAUCAAAAUGGCCUGCUGAUUUAUGACUUGUAUCACGAUUACUCGUGGCGAGUAAACAACACGCGUGGCAAUGCUUUUGGCCCGGACGACGAUGCCACGAACAUCACGAUUGCCGGUGAAUCGUUUGAUUUAACCGACGGUACUCUUGGAAUGUCAUUGUCACCGUAUGGAUAUUUCAACGAAAGGUAUCUUUAUUUCAAUUCGUUGGCCAGUUAUCGACAAAAGUUCACGGAUACGUACUCUUUGAAGCAAAGUAAAUACAAGGAGCCAAUAGUGUUGGAAUCGAAUUAUAAGAGGGCAAGCCAGGCGGGCGUUCAAGCAACGUCGCGAAGAGGCGUAAUAUUUUUCCAAUUAGUCCAAUUAACGGCGGUCGCCUGUUGGAACAUAGAGAAACCAUUUAUACCGGAGAACGUGGUGGUAAUCGCGCAAGAUGAGAAAACGCUGCAAUACGUGAGUGGCAUCAAAGUAAUAACGAAUAAUCAGGGCGAGGAAGAAUUGUGGUUCAACACGAACAGGUUACAAAAGACGAUAAAUAUGACCCUGAAACCUACCGAGACCAACUUCCGUAUAAUCAGAGGGAAGGUCGACGAUAUCAUCAGAGGGACGAAUUGCGAACCUUCUGGCGCAAAGCAUGGAUUUCCGGAUACCAACUUCUGGCACCGAAUAUGAAUCGGAUAAAUUGCAUUAUCCUAAUCAAAUUUACGUCAGCAUCUUUUCCCUAUAUCUCCCCUUACAUAUUACGAAUCGUACUUGCGCUAAAAAGAAAAAAAGAUGCUCCUUUAUAAUAUAAUUCGUAAAAUUUUCUUCCGUUUUGCACAAGUUGUAAAGUUCCCAUAGUCGUUUAAUUUCGAGAUAGAGAUUAAGAUAAUUUAUUUCUCUCGUAUACGAUGAAAAUAUUAUUUAUACGCUGUAUAUUUUCUACGAACUGUUGUUCAUGAAUUAUUGUAAGGAAUUCUUCGUUUGUUCUUUGUACAUACGAAAUAUAUAAAAUCGUAAAAUUUUA